UUUAAAUCGCGGCUUAAGUCGGCGAGAAGUCUCUCACAAACAAUUGCGUUCAGAUUUUUUAAAGUCAUAAUAAUUAUCUGUAACUCGGUAGUGUUAAAACAAAUGGAUUUAAUUUGUGAAAGAAGACUGUGGGCUGCUGUUGUUGUUUUAUCUGUUGUGGCUGCGACCGUCGCAAAGGCAGACAAAAUGCAGGCAGCCACGGUGUAUUGGGAUGCUGCGCACAAGGUGGUGCAGCUCAAAGAAGGAGUGUUGGAGAAAGAAGGGGACGCGUAUGGGUACUUCAACGACACCCUGUCCAGCACAGGCUGGGGGCUUCUGGAGCUGCGGGCAGGGUACGGGGAGACCCCAGAAACUGACGAAGUCGUCUUCUUCCUGGCGGGAUACCUGGAGGGCUUCCUCACUGCACCGCAGAUGUUUAGUCACUACGCUAACAUGUAUCCCCAGCUGAUUAAAGACCCAAAGGUGCUUGGCCCUGUGAAGGAGUGGAUGAGCAAGCAGGACAUGUGGACAAGGGAUCAGGUGAAACGCAACAAGGCCACAGAUCCCCUGUGGCGCCACGCAGGCUUCAUAGUGGCCCAGAUGGAUGGGCUUCAGGCUGGAGCCGCGCACUGGGCCAAGAUCAAUAAAAGAGAACCCCUGUCCAUGUUUGCUGUGCAGUUCCUCAAUGCAGUGGGGGACCUGCUGGAUUUGAUCCCAGCCCUGGUGCCCGACGCCGACCCCAACAGCGGGAAGCCGCCCUUCAAAAUGCCUGGCAUGGGACACUGCUCUGCUCUCAUUAAGAUGUUGCCGGGGUUCGAGAACCUCCUGUUGGCGCACUCCAGCUGGUACACCUACGCGGCCACACUGCGCAUCUACAAGCAUUGGGACUUCAGGGUGACUGAGCCAAAUGCCGCAACAGGCAAACUGUCCUUCAGCAGCUACCCGGGCUUCCUGGUGUCCCUGGAUGACUUCUACCUCUUAGGCAGUGGCCUCUUAAUGACCCAGACCACCAACAACGUCUUCAACACCUCCCUCUUCUCCCUGGUGAAGCCCCAAAGCCUGCUGGCUUGGCAGAGGGUGCGGCUGGCACACUCCCUGGCACGCACCGGAGAGCAGUGGGCACAGGUCUUCUCCAAGUACAACUCUGGCACCUACAAUAACCAGUACAUGGUGGUGGACCUGAGCAAGGUGUCUCUGGGCAGCCGAAUCGAGGUGGGCGCUCUGACGGUCGUGGAGCAGAUCCCAGGGUUGGUGGAAUACUCUGACCAGACUCAGGCUCUGCGCAGGGGGUACUGGCCCUCCUACAAUGUGCCCUUCCACCCGAAGAUCUACAACCUGAGUGGCUACGGAGAGAUGUGGGAGGAGCAUGGAGAGGACUUCUCCUACGACCUCUGCCCCCGAGCCAAGAUCUUCCGCAGGGACCAGGCAAAUGUGGCUGACCUUGCCUCCCUGAAACACAUCAUGAGAUACAACAAUUACAAGAACGACCCCUACGCCAAAGGUGACCCGUGCAAGACCAUCUGCUGCCGCAACGACCUCAGGGAGCAGAACCCACGCCCAGGAGGCUGUUACGACACCAAGGUGACAGACUUCCACAUGGCGCAGCGGUUUGAGGCGGAGGCGGUGAACGGCCCCACCACACAAGGCGGGCUGCCUCCCUUCUCCUGGAGCGCCUUCAACCACACCACACACGAGGGGCUGCCGCAGACCUACAACUUCACCUUCAUCACCGUGCGGCCCGCGCUCUUCCUGCCCUGAGUCAGCCAUGGAGCGACCGGGAAGAGGCAGAGAGGGCAGGAGAUUCAUGUAUACGUGAAACUGUACAAGGAAUCUAAAAAAAAAAAUCUAAGCAAGGAAAACUCGCCGCACAAAUCUACGUAGUGUCUUCAGACGUAUGGUCUGUGUUUGAAUCCAUAUGAAAUACUUUUUUCAAGCACAUUUUGUAAAGGAUGUGAGCCUACGUUGGGGCUAAAAAAGUUUAGAGAUGAUGGAUGACGUAGCAGGUUUUUGAUUGAUUUUUUUUUUUUUUAAAAAACAGGGAAAGGAAAAGAAGUAGUAUGUUGCCUGAAAAAUAGGGUGGAAAGAAAUGUCAUGGGAUUACUUGUUUAACUACAGAAAAUCAAUGCAAUUGGCCACUGGGGACAAAUUGCAAUGAUAUAUAAUUAUGCUCGCUGAUACUUUGAUACUUUAUCUUGAAUGCUUAAGGAGAUAUCAGUGGGUUAAUAUCAUUUUACAUUGAAUGUGCCCAUAGAUUUUUGCACCAUUAAAAAUGUGUGUUGGCCGCAAAUGAGCACCAUUGAUUUUUGUGCAGUUGUAUAAUGAUGAUGAAAAACUCAGGGAUAUAAUUUUGGUCUAAAUUGCCUAUUGUAACUGGUUUAAUACCCAUUUAAGACAUGAGUAU